GGCGCUUUAUACAAACCAACCGGCUGCUGUUCUGUUUGAAGAUACCUCGAUCCAUCAUGGCGAUGCAUGCUAAAGCGACUCCACCACAGAUCCCCGACACCCGCCGGGAGCUCGCUGAGCUGGUGAAGAGGAAACAAGAACUCGCCGAGACGCUGGUAAACUUGGAAAGACAAAUAUAUGCAUUUGAAGGCAGCUACCUAGAAGACACCCAGAUGUAUGGCAACAUCAUCAGAGGAUGGGACAGAUACCUCACCAACCAAAAGAACUCCAAUAGUAAGACUGAUAGAAGGAAUAGGAAAUUCAAGGAAGCAGAGCGUUUAUUCAGCAAGUCGUCUGUCACAUCAGUUGCAGCAGUGUGUGCACUUGGUGGGAUACCCGAUCACAUGAAUGAAAAGCGUGAGGCGGGCAGCGGCACAGAAAGCGACACCUCUCCAGAUCUCCAGAACCAAGAAAAUGAGCCCAGCCAGGAGGACACAGAAGAUGUGGACUCGACGCUGCAGGACCUAAAGCCUCAGAAGGCUGCCUCCUCUUCCUCCUCAGGCAGCCAUCACGCAAGCCACAAAAAGAGGAAGAACAAAAACAGACACAGGUUUGACAUGAAGGUUAACAAGAAACCACGAGCUGAUUAUUCAACUUAAGAAAAGACGACUGGAAAAGCUGGACACACAAGAGGACACCCGUAGAGAAACAAAAGAUUUCUGGACUUUGUGAACUUUGUAUGCCUUUUUUUUUUUUUGGUUGUCAUAUUUCUGCCUGUACUGUGUGUAUUGCUUGAAACAUUCCCCCUGCCACCUACCUUUGGUCAUGGUUGAAAUUUUGACCUACCAGUUAAAGUAGAAAUGUUCCUGGAGGCGUGAUGAGGCCACCCCCAGUAACACACCUUGUAUAGUGUUUAAAAAAAUGGACUGUAUUUAUUAUGUAGCUAAUUUUGAUGGUUUCCAUUGUAAGACAUUUUUGCUUUUUGUUAAGCGUCACAUAGCUGUAUAAGCCCCGAAUGCCCCGAAUUCUUUUAUGACAUGGUUUGUUUUGCAAAAAAAUAAUAAAAUACCAGUUUCGUGAA